AUGAGCAGUUUCAUCACACCUACCCCCUUUACCCCCUCUCUCUCACACACAGACACACACACCAUUUCAACCACUUCACACACACACACUCACAGCACCACACAUCCCUCACACACCUCUGCAGUGCUUAACCCCGCCCCUCACACCGGAAGAGCAAUCACAGACUCCGCCCCUAAGAUCACUCAGACAGGAAGAGCUAUCACCGACUCUGCCCCUAAGAUCACUCAGACAGGAAGAGCUAUCACAAGCCACGCCCCUCAGCUGCUCCUGCCUGAAGAUGAAGAUGAGGAAGAGGAAGAUGGAUCUGAGGAGGCAGCAGUCCACCAGCCUGACAGCUCCGCAGAGAAGGACACGGAUGAGCCGGAGCUAAAACAGAGGAAGUCGAGCCCUUUCUUCUCCUGGUCACUGCUGGGGUCAGCAGGAUUCCCAGAGCUUCCACUGGCGCCCCCUCAGGAUGAGUGUGUGUUAUCAGGUUAUCAUGCUCUAGGGCAGAUGCUACUCUGUCUGACGUCACGUUGUCCUGACGAGUUCCACACACACGGCUGCUACUGCUCACACCAGGACCGUGGAACACCUGUGGACGACUGGGACAGGUGCUGUUUUAUUCAUCAAUGCUGCCUGGACCAACUGGGGCGUUUGGGCUGCAAGAAGAACAGAAAACUCAACGCUCACAUCAGCUGUGAAAAUGGACAGGCCUACUGUGUGGGUGUAUCUGUGUGCGACCGCCUACAGUGUGUGUGUGAGCGCGUAACCGCAGAAUGUAUGGCCGCCACCCACUUCAGCAACAUCAGCCAAUCAGAGUGCAGCGGACCCCGUCCAGGCUGUAUGCUGAAGCCACGGAUGCCCUCCUCACACACACACACACACACACUCCAGUGAGGAGAGCAGAGAACACAC